AUGGAUCAGAAUGCAAGUGCCAUCCUUUGGCGUAUGGCUGUUGACAAGUGUCGAAAGAUUGUGGGAGAGAAAGAGUACAAGCAUCUUCUCAAUGUGGAUGAUGAGACUAAAUUGGUCUGUUUCUACCAGAAUCGCGUUAAGGAUGGUAUGGUCAGGAUCGAUGCUGCCAGGCCGGUCAUCCAGCAGCUGAAAGCUAUGCAUGAAGUAAUCAGUCUCUUCUGCCCAUCUUCAGAUGCAAUAUCUGGCUUGGUAUGGGGGAGCUUUACAUGCAUUCUCGAGUCGGCAGCCCGUUUCCUGUCCGUCCACGAUGACAUCCUUAGCAUGUGGAAGGAUAUCACCACUUCCAUGCUUCGCUUUGAUAUAUACGCUAGAGUUUUUAGGGAUGUUCCAAUGGUCGAGGACGCCAUUGUUGCAGUCUUUGUCGAAUACAUACGUUUCUGCAGUCAAACGCUGAAGUUUCUAAAGAGACGGCCCUUUCAAUCAAUUGUUCGCAUGGGAUGGUCAGGCGAAAAGGCCAGGUUUGCAGCACUGAUGCACAACAUUCACCAGAACGUUGACAACGCCGAUAAGGCAGCACAGGCUGUUGGACUGUCGAUGGCCAAUGAACGUCAUCAGCAGCUUGUGGCGCUGAUGCGUCCACAACUGCUACAACCCUUCCAGCUCACUGUCAAUUGCAAAGUUCUGAAGUAUCCGAGGAGCCCAAUUUUCCAGGGCCGGCUGGAACUACUCCAAAUCAUGGACGAGCACUUGAAGCCGUACCCUGACUCUCCCAAUCUGAGAACAUUUGUCAUCUACGGAAUGGGUGGAGUUGCGAGGCAGGAAAAGUUGUUUCAGGACUUCCAGACGAUUAGUCAGUACCUCGGCUUUGAAAGUCAUCAAGUCUCGGACCAGUGGAGAGUACGAGAUGAGGUUUUGGUGUGGAUGAAACAGAACGCAGGCUCCUGGCUUCUCGUCUUUGACAACGUGGAUGAUGCGGCACUGCUUCAGGAGUUCUUGCCCGCUGCAGACUCUGGUGGUGCUGUAUUAAUGACCUCAAGAAAUUCUUCCCUCGUUCCCGGAAUCGCCCGGAAUGGUCUGGAGGUAGAACCCUUUAGCGACGAAGAGAGCGCUAAAUUACUUCUCUGCAUACUCGGCAAACCUGCUGUCGGCACGGACUUCGAUAUCGCGACCAAGAUUGGCCAGGAGCUGGCGGGCUUACCUUUGGCUAUUUCACAAAUGGCCGGUUUUAUACAACAGACUCGGUGCCCCCUCGAAGAAUUCCUCCUGCUCUACAGGUCAAGCGACAACUACCAGAAGAUCCAGAGCCAGUCAACUCUUGUCGACCGCCUCCAUUACCACUUGACACUGCAAAAUGUCUGGGAGAUGUCCUUUUCUCGACUGGAUGAUAGUUCCAGAGCUGUGUUGGAUGUAUUUGCGUUGCUGGACCCUGACGGCAUACCGGAAAAGCUUUUGAGGGACUCCAUCGGAAUGCCCGAUCUCAAGUUUCUUGACUCAAACCUCGAGUACUACUCCGCGAUUCGCCAUUUGAGGCAGCAUUGCCUCAUCAAACAUCCAACCCUCCCCGACCGUGAUCUUGAGCACUAUGCCGAACUUCUCCAUGUGACAUCACAGUAUCUUUGGGAGCAAGGAUCUUGGGCCGACGCCUGGCACCUUUUGCGACUCGCCGAACGAUCAUGCAACCUGCCCACAAGCACCAACCUGGUACUUCGUGCACACAUCGCAUGCGGCCUUGGUGUCUUCUGUCUGGAAGACUCAAUGAUUGACGAUGCAGCCCACUACAAUGAGAUGUACGUCGACCUCCGUAAGCGGUACAAUGAAUCUCUCGGCGACAAACUCGGAACAGAUGAGAUCCUCAUGCUCUCGAACGCCUACAACAAUCUUGCCUUGAAACUCCGCAGAUCCCAGAACUCCCCGCUCCACAUUGCACUCUCCCGGGCAAACCUGUCCCGCGUCCUUCAGUUCAUGGGACGCUUAUCGGAGAGCAAGGCUCACAUGCAAGAAGCACUGCUCAUCCAAAAGGCAGAGACCGGUUGCGACAAUACUCGUUAUGCGCUUUUCUUGCAUAACAUGGGUAGCGUCCUCGGAGACAUGAAUGACUGGCACGCAGCCAAGAAGUUUCAUUCCGAAGCUCUGGCUAUUCGAAGCGACAAGCUGGGAGAGGCAAACGAUACCGCCACAUCAGAGCACAUGCUCGCACGAUGUUGCUUUCGAUUACAAGAGUAUGAAACGGCUUGCCAGCUUCUUGAGGACGCCAUCAAGAUAUUCGAAAAAGGCGUCCACUCGACGGAUCGUGUGGCGCGGUCGACCUUCAAGCUUGCACAAGUGAAGGAGAAGUUGGGUCGUCUCGACGAAGCUUCGUCGCUGCGCCAAAAAGCUGAGGAUCUCAGGCGAAGAUUGUCAAAAGAUGAUCCAGGCGUGGCGAAUGGCGAGGAAUCGUACGACAAGCUGACGGUGUAUAUGAAUCGAUGA